AUGGAAGCUCUGCUGAAGACUAUCCCCUACUCCCCGACUCUGCCUGUCACCACCUCCACUAGCGAGCUGAUCCCCAUAGAGGUCCACAACCUUCUCAAACUCUCCCACCCUAACAUUCAGAGACUCCUGGACUUCUCUUACCGGAGUGAGACUAAAACCUGGACCCUUACAUUGGAGUACUCCAGUAACUGGGAGCCUCUCUCUGAUGUCCUUAGAGCCAACUAUCUUGACGAGGACCAAGUUAGAGACAUCAUCCAGCAGCUGCUAUCCGCUGUUGUUCACUGCUUCAACAACGGAGUUGAUCACCGUGAUAUCUCUAUCGACAAUAUCUACUUAGACCUGGAAACUAACGACAUUAAACUGGGAAACUUCCAGCUCUCGGCCAUAUUCUCAGUUCUGCCUCACUCCCUGAAACCCCUCACUUCUUCACUCACUUCUGCACCUCCUGAACUGUACCGACACGGCUCCUACUCCCCCCAAUGUGCUGUGGUUUGGUCUGUGGGAUGUCUUCUGUUCGAACUCCUGUCCGGUUCUAAACCCCUCCUCUCUACUGCUGAUGCUGCUCGGAAUAACGUGAGGUGGGAGAUGUUACCUCCAAACUCUGUAAGCUCUGAUGCUUACUCCCUGAUCUUGCAAUGUCUCAACCCUAACACUCAACACAGGCUAAAUUUUGACAAACUCGUCAAGCAUCCUUGGAUUGUCAACGAGACAUUAGUGUGA